AUGGAAAAUAGAAUACAUAGAGAUUUACCAAAUAUUCAGGCGGAAUCACAAAGAAUUCUUCGAAAUAAAGAGACAUAUAGACAAAGGAACAGGACCUUCCAAAUAAAUUUAGUCAAUAAACUGACAUUUUUGGGAUAUUUCUUAAUUAUAUUACAAUAUAUUAAAUAUGGUACUACAGUAUGGAGCUUAAUCUUAAGAUGUAUGGUUCAAUCCUUUCUUUCGAAUCCAUUCCCUAACCGUAUUCAAAUGCAAGGUUUAACGGCAGGUAUUCCUCGGUUAUCAACAUUUAUAGCUAAUGAUACACCGCCAAAUACAACGAAUGGUAAUGAUAGUAAUAUUAACAAUAGUAGUAGACUAGGUGAUACUACCACAACUCUACUAAUAGGAUCAAGGUCGUCUAAUGGUAUCCCAAUGCCCGGCGCAUUUCCUGAAUCAAGCGCAACUCCUGAUUUGGAACAAGGCGAAAGACCUUUAUCAUCAUCUAUUGAUUCGAAUGCUUUUAGCAUGGAAGAUUUUAAAAUAAUUAAAGAGAAGAUACAAAAGCUUCUUUUCCAUGGGUCAUUUACAUUAAAUCUAUUCGUAGUAGUCUUGGCAAUCAUAUUUCCCAAGGAUUUCAUUGGUAAGAUGAAUGAUAAUCAUCUAAACGGUGAUUUGAGAGAUAUUCCAUCCCCUUAUAAUCAUGACGAUGGAUUAAUUAGAGGUGAACUUAGAGCGACUUCCAUUUUCCUACAACUAAUUGGUGAACCUCUCCCUAGAAACAAUUUUGCAGGGAAUUUCGGGAUGAUUUCAUUCGAUUUCUUCAUAUUAAUUUCCCAAUUCCUUUUGUUUAGUUUGACCUGUUAUAAUUUUUCAGAAUUUGCGCCUGAUGAAACUAUUGAUAAUACUGAAAAUGAUAUCGAUGGACCAACUAUUGAUCAGGAUGGGUAUACGGGACAUGUAUUCUUGACAACUAUCGACAUUUCCAAAAUUGUUGAUUUAAUGAUAUAG